AUGCUGGACGCCACCUCGCUCGCAGCAGCUACCCACGGUCACAGUCAAACCCCCCUUCUGGGACCGUCAAAGCUUCGAUCUGAGGCUGUCGGCAGCCGCUAUCCCUCGUACGAGUUCACGUUGAUGGGACCACCGGAAGGCUAUGCGAUACAUCCUGUCCGGUCAAGACAGCCAGUCUCAACUUUUGCCUCUUUCGAGCGAGCGUAG